GAGUCGAGUGGUCGGUUUGUUCAGCGAUAAAGCGAUUCCUCCAUACCUGUUUAGUAGUCAACACCUUGCUGGUGCCGUAAAUCUGCUGGUUUUUGUCGCGUGCCCCGCUAGCAUUAGCCAAACGAACGAGAGAAGAGGUCCAUGUCCUAGAUUCCAGGUCCUUGUCUUAGCAAGUAGCAACCCACAGUGAAACCCCCCUACGGUUAAGUGAAUAUUUUACAAUUUUACUGGGAGUCGUAGCCGCUGUAAGAGCUGCAACAACGUUACUAGCCCGUGGUCCCCAGUGUGCCGUCGGGUAUCCUUCGGAUUCAGCGUAUUUCUCACGGUGGUGAGGGUGCGGCAACAGGUGCGUUCCUAUCAAGAAAUCGAAGAUCAGCAAACAGCAAACCAUGCGUGUCGAAAUGAAUCUGGAUGUUCAGCGCUGUGACGAGGACAUCGAGAGCAGAGUGGCGGAGUUCAAGCAGGAUUCCGAUAAAAUGGACGAGUUGAAUCUCUUCCUGGACAAGCUGCUUGAGGAGGCACAGAAAAAUGCGGAAGUGAAAUUGCAGGACAAAAUGGAUGAGGAACGUCCGAAAAACGGAAACAAAUUGCUGACUGGCAUCAAGCAGCAUCGAGUGGUGACGCGCACAAGAGGAAUCGUACUUCGUAUUUUUGAGGCCAUCUGCAACUGCACCAACUCCACAACUCUUCCUGGUCAAAGACCAGCGACUGCUCCGGCUAAUCUGGGACCGUCGUCGUCUAGGAACUAAAGCGAAUGAAUCCCAAAUCCCCACAUAUAUUCCUUGUUUUAAACAUUAUCCUUCCUACUUGGUAAUAACUACGCGUAUACAACAUAGAUCUGGCGAAUAUUGGGAAAACCGUUUUAUUAACCGAGAAAGUGUGACUGUUAAAUAUUAUAAUCUUUUUAAAGAAAACAGGAUUCUUAAGAGUACAAUUUACAAAACCAAAUGUACCAUAUCCUUUUUGAUAUGGAAUUGUAGUGCAGAAUGUAAUUGUCGUGAUCGAAUUGCGAUCAAGAAUUUGUGAAACGAAUAUACAAGCAACUGCUUACAACAACUUACCCACCUUGCCCGAACAUUCCAGGCUAAAGCCAUUUGAAGCUAAACUAUCAAACAAAACCAUUCUUAUCUCUCCGGGUCAACGGUUUCACGUACAAAGCGUCUUCUAGGAACAAGUUCUACAUAGUCCAGCCAUUCGUGAAAUAUUAGCAAUCGUUUCGACUAGUGUGCUCAUAUCUCAAAAUAGUAACAAAACUGUCUGAUAAAUGUGUCACUUGCCCCAUCAUUUGAGUUCCAGUCUUUAUCCAUUUAGUAUUUAUUUAGAAUGACAAUCAAAAUUACGAGCAAUAUUUUCCAUUCGCAUGAAAACUAUUACCGCACAAAGGUAAAAUAAAAAAAACUAAACGCAACAUUCCCCGUAGGAAUCAACUCUUGAAUAAAUCCCGCCGUAAUGGCUAUAAUCUUUUAGAUGCUCGAUAGGGUCGUCGGGUGAUAUCGUGCUAACAUUACAUGGAGAAUACGGAAGUGUGCUAUCACAGUAGUAUCAUCAGUAGUAUGUGUAAUGAACGGUAGAAUAUCUAGAGUUCAAUAAAAUGUACCACCUGUGUUAAU